AACCAUUCCAAAUCCAACGAAGAAGUCACCCAGGUUCAGCCAAGGCUUGGUUACAAGUGGGCAACAUAUCGGUCACUGUGGGUGCACCAGGCAGUUUCCAGCUGUGUCCGUCUGUACAGAAUUGCAGGAAACACCUUGCAUCUACAGAUUAACAACACCAAACUUUACAUAACAUUAAAGCUUUGCUCUGAUGGUGCCGGAAACCACUAGAAAAAUAUUAUGAGGACUAGAGCCAGAACCUAGACAGGGCAGUCCAGAUCUUUUUUUUUCUUCCCUUUUUUCCAAUUGAAGACAAAUGGUUUUGAGUCAUGGAUCAAGCUGUUGUGGACAGUCCUGUUACCCUUGUCAUCAGGGCUCCCAACCAGAAGUACGGUGACCAGACCAUCAAUUGUUACCAGAACUGGACUGUGGAGAAACUCAAAGCACACCUGUCUGAUGUAUACCCAAGUAAACCAAGCUCCAAAGACCAGAGGCUUGUGUAUUCUGGGAAGCUGCUUUUGGAUCAUUUUACCUUAAAAGAUGUGCUCAGAAAGCAGGAUGAGUACCAUAUGCUCCAUCUUGUGUGCGCCUCAAGAACCCCUCCCAGCUCCCCAAAGCCCCCCGGCAGCCGUUGUAACAAGCCUCAGGAGAACUUGGCCAGUCCCACGCCCCUUACAAACUCAUAUAGCCCUUCCACUGGUCAUCAGCUCCAGUCAUCUACAGGGGAGAGCACUGAUGGACUCAGACAGCGAGCUGGACCCUUCCCUUACCACCAGAUGUAUUCACAAUAUAUGCACAGCUGGAACCAGUAUCCUCCACAGUCAACUCCUCCCACAAACAUGCCCGCUUAUUACAACCCCAUGACACUAAUGUGGUGGCAGCAGCUGUACGCACGGCAGUACUACAUGCAUUAUCAGCUACUGGCCGCCUCGUCUCAGCACCUCAGGCCAGACCAGCCCUCGACUCAGUCUAACCAGCCUGAUCCUCUGAGCCAGCGACCUCAAGCAGAUCGCCGUGGCAACGCAGAGGUCCAAAUGAAUGCCCAGGGAGGGGAGAUCCUGAACGAGGAGGAGCUGAACUGGGAUUGGCUGGACUGGGUGUACACAUUUUCACGUGCUGCGAUCUUACUCAGUAUAGUCUACUUCUACUCCUCCUUCAGCCGCUUUGUCAUGGUGAUGAUGGCCAUGCUGGUGCUUUACCUGCACCAGGCUGGCUGGUUUCCUUUCAACCUGGAGAACGAACUCCAGCUCCCUGGAGACAGAGCCAAUCAGGACGACAUGGAGGGAGAGCUACAAAACCACGACUUACAAGAAAUGGAAGGAGCGAUGGAUGACGGCUCGGAUGAUGACGGGGAAAGUGGAGAGGAAGGAGCAGAGGAUCCGAACAGUGCUCCCCAAACAGGCUUCCUGUCGUCCACGUGGUCAUUCAUCAUAACCUUCUUCAUGUCACUCAUCCCAGAGGGGCCGCCAAACGCUGCUAACUGAACCACGGGCACCACGAGCCGAGACACUUUUUCCACAGGAGCAUGUUCUUUCUUUAAGAGGAGGACUAACAUCCUUCCCGCUUUGGGGAACCUCUUUUUCUGUUGCAAUGCAGUGUUAUAGUUUCCCAGUAGUCUUCUUUACUCCAUAUCUUAGACUUUGAGCAGAAACACAAAUGACUGAUUUAACGUGAAAAGAGAAAAAACGGUCACUUUAUAUUGACCUUUGUUUGUCUGCACAAGGACAAACAUGUUGAACUGUCACAUGAAAAGAACAUUAGUUGAACUUGUAUGAACAAGGAUUCCUAGUGAUGCCUUGUAAACAUAGUGAAAAUAUUAAUAAUAAUAGUGUCUGCCAAUGCAUUGUUUCUAUAAUUUAUAUAUAUAUAUAUAUAGGGACAGAAGGCACAUUUAUAAAGGAAAGUAAUUUCAGCACUACUUGUGUUUAACAAUAUGAAUCUUUUUUUCUUUGUAAGAAGCUACAAUUCUUGUUGACAUAGUUUUGUUUGAAUUGUAAUGAUUAUUAUUAUUUUUUUGUAAUGGUGGGUGUAUUUGAAAAAGGGCCACUUUAGUCCAAAAGCUGAACUUCACAGCAAGUUAUCCUGAGUCAUGUAGCACCUGUGAUAAGUGACAUGAGUGAUUUUGGCUUGAAAGUUUAUAAAAUGUGUCUGAACACAUUGUGUACUGUGUUGAAGUGUAACACAGAGUGAUGUCGGCUACUGAAAAAUGAAUCAGUGUACCACUAAUUCUCUCAAACAGAAUGGAAGAAAUGAGUGAGACAGAAGAACUGAGCUUUCACCACUAAUGGAAUAUCAAACAGGACGACUGUUGCGUUUUAAGCCGUGUGGCGUUGAGCGGACAGGAGAAACUUUAAAACUUCCUACUGUUAAAGCACUGCCACAAUGCAGAGUUCAUGUAGGAAAAGACCACACACCUCUCAAGUUUGUGAAAAUGGCUUCUGCUGUUACAUUUAUCAUGUUGUGUACCAAUAAUAAUAUUCAUGUUUAUUAAACCUACGUUCAUGGUAA